GACUUAGCUACAAGAACAAUACAUACCAAACAAAAAAUGUUCGCCAAGGUGUUCUGCUUCGUCACCCUCGUCGCUCUAGCGGUUGCCCUACCUGGGCAUCGCUAUGGAGAGGCGUACUCUUCGCAGCACAUUUCCCGCCACGACGGACACCCAGAGAUCGUGCAUGUCCGUGGAGACCAUGAUCAUGGUUAUAAACAUGAACAUGAAUAUAAAUAUGUUGACUACUACGCGUAUCCUAAGUACGAAUUCGAUUACAAAGUAGAAGAUCAUCAUACCGGUGACAUCAAGUCCCAGCAUGAGACCCGUGAUGGAGACGUCGUCAAGGGAUACUACAGCCUGCACCAGCCUGAUGGUUCCGAGAGGAAUGUGCAUUACGAGGCCGACAAACACUCUGGUUUCCACGCUGACGUGAAAUACGACACCCAUCAUCUUGUCUUAUGUUUUGCUGCCUUCAUUGCCGCUGCUGUGGCUCAGUUCGGAUCUGACCACGGAUACGGUAUGGCGUACUCCUCCAACCACAUCUCCAAGCACGACGGACAUCCAGAAAUUGUCCAUGGUCAUGGACACCACGUUGACUAUCAUACGCACCCACAUUACACUUUUGAAUACAAAGUGGAAGACCCUCACACUGGUGACAUGAAGUCGCAGCAUGAGUCUCGAGAUGGUGACGUUGUGAAGGGCGUUUACUCCCUACAUCAGCCAGAUGGCUCCGAAAGGACCGUUCACUACCACGGUGACCACCAUACUGGAUUCCAUGCUGAUGUGAAAUACGAAACACACCAUAUUGUGCCAAAGAAGCAUUAUUAUUAA